UCGCGCCCUUUCCGCGCUGCAACCGCCAAAUUCCUCUUCCUAGCCGAGCUGGCCCGCGGCGCAGCACGUGGGGGUGAUUCGCUCUAUCUUCUCUUCCUCCAGCCGGCAGGAGGCUUUAUUCUCUGUGACGGCAGCCUAAUCGGGUUCUUAAUUCUCCUGAGCGUAGUAGCGCUCAAUUUCGACGGAGCAUUCCAGGGCCGGCUGCCGUUUGACUCCUGCGGUUGCAGGAGCAGCCGGCUAUUCUCCUUCCUUCCUUCUCGGGCUAUCCGUUUCUGGGUUGGUUUGGAUAGUUUGGAUUGGGAGGAGGAGAGGAGAUGAUGCGGCGCUGCGUCUCGGAGCUAGCCCGCCGCCGGCGGCCUGAUCGUGUGGUUGAUACUAUGAAGGUAGGAUUCCAAUAUUUGGCCAAUGUUUCCUCUUCGACAAGAGCUACUGACAGUCAGAGGUGCUCAAAUGUGUAUGCAACUUCCUGCACUACUGAUCCAGAUAUUGUAUCAAGAGAAACAUCAUCAUCAGAAAUGCUUGUUGAUCCAUUCGGGAGGUUCCACAAUUACUUGAGGAUCUCCUUGACUGAGCGCUGUAAUCUGAGGUGCCAAUACUGUAUGCCUGCUGAAGGAGUCGAACUAACACCGAGGUCGGAGCUUCUAUCACAUGAUGAGAUAAUUCGAAUUGCUGACCUUUUUGUUACCUCUGGUGUGGAUAAGAUUCGAUUAACUGGUGGAGAGCCUACCAUAAGAAAAGAUAUUGAAGACAUUUGCUUACAUCUUUCUGGUUUGAAGGGGCUAAAAACACUAGCAAUGACCACAAAUGGAAUUAUCCUUUCUAAGAAACUCCCUAAAUUGAAAGAAUGUGGCCUCAACGCCUUAAAUAUAAGUUUAGAUACACUAGUACCUGCAAAGUUUGAGUUCUUGACAAGGCGUAAAGGGCACUCAAAGGUCAUGGAAUCAAUAGAUGCCGCCGUAGAACUUGGAUAUAACCCUGUGAAGGUCAAUUGUGUUAUCAUGCGUGGCAUGAAUGAUGAUGAGAUCUGUAAUUUUGUUGAAUUGACGAGACACAAGCCCAUCAAUGUGAGAUUUAUUGAGUUUAUGCCAUUCGAUGGUAAUGUUUGGAAUGUGAAGAAGCUAGUUCCUUAUGCAGAGAUGUUAGACAAAGUGCGGCAAAGUUAUAAAGGUGUAGAGAGACUUCAAGAUCACCCAACAGACACUGCAAAGAAUUUCAGGAUUGAUGGACAUGUCGGAACAAUUUCAUUUAUUACAUCAAUGACAGAGCACUUUUGUGCUGGCUGCAAUAGAUUACGGUUGUUGGCUGAUGGAAACUUCAAGGUGUGCUUAUUUGGCCCCUCAGAGGUGAGUCUAAGAGAGCCCAUCCGUGCUGGUGUUGAUGAUGCUGGACUAAAGGAGAUAAUUGAUGCUGCGGUUAAAAGGAAGAAAGCUAAACAUGCUGGGAUGUUUGAUAUUGCCAAGACAGCGAAUAGACCAAUGAUACAUAUAGGUGGCUGAGAUCUACUGAAAUGAGGACUCAAAAUAAAUUGUCAACUCAACUGCUGGUCACUUUUACCGACAGACUACACAAAUAAGUUCUCUGGCGGAAUGGAGCAACUGAAAAAGCUAGCCAGUUGUGAAAAUAUUGGUACCUAUACUUGAACAGCAUUUCAGAACCUCACAUUGAUCAGUGUUCAUGUCAUCACGUGCCGAAGUGCUUUGGUUAUGUGUUGUAUGCAAAAAUAUCAAGUUGUGUUACUACUCUGUUGUAACCUCUUACAGCUUCUGAAUUACCUACGCUGUCUUCCUGCUGGCUCAACAUUACUACAGUGGCCAUCACGAGUUCAAUCACACAGGCAGCAUAAGAACGAUCAAAACAA